CUUUAACUUAAAGCCGGAUCAACACAUCGCUUCAUAUAGCGAAGUGCCGUUGCCGCGGACACUCGCUUCAAUUAAAAAAUAAAAAGUUGUCAAUUUACCCGCCAAUUUUGCAAAUCAGUGUUAGUGUUUGUGUGUGGUGUUUUGAAUCUGUAUUUUCGGAUAAUUUAUAAAGCGAAGGAACAUGUGGAGAUCGGGCAAAAUGUAUUCACGCGGAGCCGGGAGAUCUAGUUAUAGCCUAGCGCACAUUGUCGAGAGUUCCAUCGUAUUUUUAUUUAUAUGCUUACCAUGCAUUUACUGUCAGGCAGAGAAAAUGUACAUCGACGUAUCUACCCUCAACCUACUGGUCGAUGAAACACAUCUAUUGAAACUUGUACAGAUCGGCGAAUACAACGUGACAUUAACAGUGACGCCGCAAAUACAGCAUCCAGACAUAGUGCAAUUCAUGCCGCCAUACAUAUCGAUACCGGGCUCGGAGCAACCCAACCAAACCGUAGAACUAACGUACGAUAUAUGCGCAUAUGGAAGGAGUCCGGGACACUCCGAAGUCGCUUUUAACGCUACGCCAACCGGUAUUAUCAAUCUAGAUUCAAUGUUCAUGCGUAUAACGGUGAUGCACUCGAACGCCAUCUACGUAAUUUCAUACAUAAUGGGUUGGAUCUACUUCGUGGCGUGGUCGGUGUCAUUCUACCCGCAAAUAUAUAUAAAUUUUAAGAGGAAGAGCGUCGUGGGGCUGAAUUUCGAUUUCCUCGCGUUGAAUCUCAUGGGUUUCACCAUGUAUUCGCUGUUCAACUGUGCAUUGUUCUAUUCUAAGGCUAUUCAGGACGAAUAUUUCAGCCGCCACCCUCGUAGUCUGAACCCGGUACAACUGAACGAUGUAUUCUUCUCACUCCACGCUGUGUUCGCGACACUCGUCACUAUAACUCAAUGCUGUUUGUAUGAGCGCGACCAACAGCGCGUAUCGCUGACGGGCCGCGGGAUCCUCUCCGGUUUCGUGUGUGUGGUCAUCGUCACCGCGAGUCUCGCUGCGGCCGAUAUGAUAAAGUGGCUCGACUUUCUUUACUACUGCAGCUAUAUCAAACUGUGCAUCACGCUUAUAAAGUACAUACCGCAGGCGUACAUGAACUACAAACGCAAGUCCACCGUCGGCUGGAGUAUAGGUAAUGUGUUCCUGGACUUCGUCGGUGGCUUCUUCUCCAUACUACAGAUGACCCUCAACGCCUACAACUACAACGACUGGAUCUCAUUCUUCGGCGACGCUACGAAAUUCGGCCUCGGCUUAUUCAGUCUCGUAUUCGAUAUCUUCUUCAUAUUGCAGCACUACGUUUUCUACAGGGAGGCCCGGUACAUCCUUCUACCAGGAACGUCAUACGCGUCAGACGAUCUAGAAGAAAAUGACGACGGGUUCAAUAACCAAGAGUCGGAACCUUAUCAAGGAGCUCCGGCCUAGCAAAUAAUGCGUACCCCGAGAACUUGACUGGUGUUGGUUGAUACAUCGAGAUCAAACUCGAGAAAAAUGAAAUAAUGACGUGAAAAGUGGAAGGGAUAUAUACUGAGAAUCUUGAAUGGUGUGGGUAUAUAACAGAAAUGCAGACAUGUUUUCUUUAGGAAUCAUCCUCGGGAUAAGGUUCCUUGCGGUGGUGUAAUUCGAUGAGAUCCACCUUGAUGUAAAUUUGUUUUAUUGUUAUAAAGAGUGAUUUCGAUUGGAUGCUGAAUAUUUAACAGUACAAAAAGUAAGAACAAAGAAACUUAACGAUAGAUGGCGCUGGUUUCUAUACCAAACAUAUUUACAGUGUUAAUAACUAAAUAAAUAAAAACUCUGGAGAAUAUCUAUAAAGGCAAAGCUGAUUAUAAAAGACGAUAAAAGUGGAAGUAAAAAAAUGCCGACUGAAAUGACUAGUGACUUUUUUGUGCUUCAUGUGAACGUAUAUUGAAGGCAUGUGAUAGUGUAGUGAAAUGUAACGGAAAAUAUUUGAAAAACAAUUCAAUUUUGCUUAUAAUGUCAAUGAAAGGGGGAAAAAGCUAAUAUUUCAGAGCUCUAGCUCACUAAGUCGCCGUGGCGACGUUGCCAGCCACGUGGCCAAGUAAUAUGUCCAAAUUUAGCGACGUUGCCAAACCGUCGUCAAGUGAGUAAGUUCGACAACGAUGCGACGUCGCCUAACUAUUAUUUGUAGCAAUAAGUUGAAGCAAUAAAAAAAGAUGUAUAAUUUUUUAUUCAUAAUUUAAUUGAUUAAUGGGAAAUUAUUUUAUUUUGUUAGUUUUAAGGGACGGUUAUUAAAGUCUACAUAGAUAAGAAACUACCAAAUGAUAGAAACGAAAAGUGAUUGUAUAAGUAUUUUUAUUCUAUAUUACUUUCCAUUUAUUUAAAAUAUAUACUCAUAAUAUGUGCUCUUUAUGAAUGGGUUACAAUAAUGAUUAUUCUUUUAAUGUUGCAAGUGACUGUAUAAUAUUUUCAAUCAUAAUAUGUAUUUUGUAUGGGUGAAUAAGGUUCAAGUAUUAUUCCAUAUGUUGAUGCGCUUUUAGUCUAUAUAAAUUGAACAUACUCUUUUAAUUAUUUCGACGCGUUAUGCAUCGAUGCAAUGUCAAAUAAGAUGGCAUGUAAAGACAUGAAUAACCUCAGAAAUAACACAAAAAUAAUAGCAUGACAGUUUUUUCUCCCUUAUGUAUCCUCCGCAUUAUAAAUAUAUUAGUUUUAAUUACGUGAGAAUUAUGAAAUAUAUAUUCUGAUAUUACAUCUUAUAUUAAACCACGAAUGUAGAACUCAGUGGUUGCCAUACGUUCUAUAUUUUUCUGUUUUACUAUAACACUAUGAUAAAGUUUUUAUAAAGACAUAGUAUAUUCUUAAAUAUUCUUUAAAAUAUAAUAUUGUAAUCCAAAAUUAUCUUUGUAAGAAAAUCAAUUCUAUCAGUAACCCAGUAUCGUAGUGGCAUGUUACAAAUAAUCAUAAUCCAGAAACAAUCAUGUAUAUACUUCUAGUAUUUCACACAUGUACUAUAUAUAUACCCAACUAUUUACUUAUUUUCUAAAGAUUCACAAAUAGCAAUAGGCAUAAAAAAACAGUUACAAAGGCCGUAAAGCUACCAUAGUUUCUGGGUCCAAUAAACAUUCAUAAUUUAAACCCUUUUUAGUCUUAGAUCGAUCGAGUGAAGCCACCAGGACAUAACAGUAUACCUGUUUUGUCUAGUUAAUGUCUAGUCUAGACUAGAUAUUUCUCACCAGCACGAUCUAGGGUUAGACUAUGCGUCACAUCGUAGUGUUAUCAGAUUGUUUUUACUCACCUUUUAUAAUUAAACGUAAUGUAAUGUAGUAAGACGAUUGUUCCCAAAGUUACUGUAUUGUGAUAUAACAUUUAUGGUAUUGAAUAAAUUUUCGACAG